AUGAUUCGUCAACAGCAAGCUGCCCUAGCCCAUGCCUCUCGGACGCCUAACAAGGUCGAUGCUUGGAUACUAGGGAGUAGUAUUGCGUCAUUGGCUUCAGCUAUUCAUCUGAUUUCGUAUGCCAACGUGCCCGCCUCUAAUAUCCAUAUCCUCGAGUCUCAAGACACACCUGGAGACGGCAUAACCAGUACUGGCGAUCCCUUCAACGGAUACGAUCAUCGACCUGGAUGCCUGCCAAGCUUCAAUAACGGUUGCAUGGAAAAGCUACUUGGUGUCGUGCCUUCGGCCAGCGGUUCGGGAAGGACAGUCUUGAAGGAUAUAGAAAAAUAUCUUGAGGAUGAAGGCUGCCAAGAUGUUCCUGUCACACACAUCUUGGUCCAAGGAGACCAUGGACCGAAGAGAAUAGACGCCAACGAACGCGACCUAAGCCUAAAAGAUCGAAUGAAGCUGACGAUGCUCCUAUUCAGAUCUGAGGAAAGUUUGAACAGAAAACGAAUUAAUCAGAUUUUCGAUAAACCUUUCUUCGACAGCAGACUCUGGAUUGUUUUCUCUACUAUAUUUACCUUCCAGCCGUGGCACAGUGCUGCCGAAUUCCGGCGAUGCCUUCGCAAGUUCUUCCACGACUUUCGGGGCUUAAACACCAAGCGUCCUCUAGAUUGCACUCGAUUCAAUCAAUUUGAAUCAAUUAUCAUGCCGAUUAUUCAGUAUCUUCAAAAGGAAGGGGUUGAUUUCAGACUGUGCACUAAGGUCACAGAUAUUAUUUUGGACACUGGUAGAGAAACAGUUUCAGCUAUUCGUGUAUUGCAUGAUAGCUCCCAGGAAACUAUCACUGUCUGUCCCGAUGACAUCGUUAUCGUCUCCCUUGGAUCUGUCACGUCAGGCUCGUCGAGUGGUACCAACAAAAGCCCGCCACCUCUAAUUACGAUGUUUGACGAAGAUAUGCUAGAUGAAAACUGGUCAUUGUGGCUGAAUCUACGAACAGAGAAUCCGAGGUUUGGAGAUCCAUACAAUUUCUGCACUCGUGUCACAGAAUCUAGGUUGGAGACCUUUACUGUUACACUCAAGGAUGUUGAGUUCUUCAACCGCUUCGUCAAACUGACAUCUGACAAGCCAGGCAAGGGGAGCUUAGUAUCUUUGAAAGACAGCGAUUGGAAGAUGAGUGUGUGUAUCCCACGCCAACCAUUUUUCUCUCUUCAACCCAACAAUGUACAAACCUUCUGGGGGUAUGCUCUUUGUCCAGAACGCGAGGGUAGCUUUGUGAAAAAGCCAAUGCUCGUUUGUUCUGGGGAGGAAAUAAUGACUGAAUUGUUAUGGCACCUCGGCUUCCCUUCGGAACCAAUCCUCAACAACUCCAUCACAGUCCCAUGCGUGAUGCCACGGAGGACAGCCUCACUACUGCCCCGAGCUUGUGGAGAUCGUCCAAACCUGAUACCAGAAGGGAUGACCAAUCUCGCUCUGAUCGGCCAAUUUGUGGAAAUACCAGAUGAGACUAACGUGAGUAUGGAUUAUGAUGUGCGAGGAGCCCAGCUAGCUGUGAGCCAAUUGAUGGGUAUCCGUGAACAACCAGAGAACAAAAGAAAAUGGGUCGACCUUUCUUUCUUGGCUGUAUGGACAUGA